GCAUGAUGGUUAUGGUUUGGUGGGUGUCUCUGCACACCAUCUUUGAAUCCCGCAAUCUUCGUUUUAAACCUAGUUCCAAUAUUAAAAAUCGAAGUCAUUGAGCCAACCGAAAAAAGAGAAGGAAAAAAAACAAGUUCAUUGGUUUGUAUUGUAAAUCUAAAUUCUGAGAGACCAUAUAGAUCAAAGUGUGUGUUUGUUAAUCGUGUUUUGCUUUGGUGAUUUAAGAUGAUUAAAACCCAAUUUUGAGUGGCACUAGGCUAUGUUGGGCUGUUCUUAAAACCCCAAAAUUUUUAAUUUAAUUUUGGGAAAGAAUUAGGGAAGAAAAAAAAAAGAUCUAGAAUUUAAACAAAAAUAUGGAGGUGCGGGGAAUCGAACCCCGUGCCUCUCGCAUGCGAAGCGAGCGCUCUACCAUAUGAGCUACACCCCCGUUGUUGUUAGCUAGCUGUUAAAACAAUAUAUUAUCGUUAAGGAACGUCAACAAUUUCGUAUGGGCAUGCAAAUGGCGCUCUGCCAAAUGCCACAGACGUGCCCAAAAGCUCACAUUCCACGGCACCCCUUGAGCACUGAUGUCUUUUCAUUCCCCCUCCCUACUGAAACACUAAAUAAAGCACUAAAUACUCUGCAGAACACAGAUGCAUGCAGUAAAUGAAGAGUCAGUGAAAGCCACAUGCUUUCUUUUAUGAUUUCACUUACCACAAAAACCCAAAAACCAAAAAACCAAAAAAUUAGUUUUUUGCUACAUAUCUAAUGCAAGACAUGGGUUCUUCUUAGCCACUCUUGUCAUCUCCCCUGAAUUCCUGGUGGACUUUGUUGCCCUCUAAAUCUUGGUGUGACGGAAAGGCCGGUGAUUCUGUUUCCGGCUACUCCCUUCGUGUGAAAUUUCUUAUGGGUUGAGUUGCUUAAAGCCCAAAGGGGAUUCCUGAGAAGUUUUUGAAGAGUCUGAGAACCAAAAAAAAAAAACACUCUUUCUUGGGGACAUUGUCAUUUGGCGUAAUUGCAAAUAUUUCUACAUCAUGAAAGUUUCUGGGUUUUGGGUUUUGGUUUUGCUGCUUGGAACAGUUCUAGUACUAGUCCUUAAUGUCUCUAGCAGCAGAAAUGGCUACUCUUAUCCAGAUUUUGUCUUCAACCACACUGGUGAUGGGCCAAAAAGGAUAGCUAUAAGUAGGAAGCUCAAGGAGAAUGGCUACACUCCAAGGACACAGAAGAAAGGCAAUGUCAGAAAUGUGAAUCUGGAUGACUAUCACCCUAUUGAUCCUUCUCCAAGUUCAAAAGCUUCCAUAAAGCCGGGUCCGAUUGAGCACGGCACGCCUAUAAUCCCAUACAUUCCAAAGCCUUUACCUCCUGCUCAACCCAGUCCUGGUGCCACUCCUUAGCCACCUCAUGACAUGUUCCUCUAUUAUGUCUGUGCAUGCUAGAAUCUUUAUGUUAAUUUCAACUUAGUAGUUGUCAUCAUAGCGAGCUUCCAUGCAUUUAUAUGUUGUGUGUAUAAUGUUCAUGCACCAAUUCAGACUUCUGUGCAUGCCCUGUACUUGUUUGCGUUUUGUCAUCAUAUGAAGUUCUUGUGUUGUGUCUUUAACAACCUAAAAAUAAUUUGCAGCUUCUUAUGCAAGUUGACUGUUCUGAUCGAUUCUUUCUUUAAUCUCUAUCUGAACUCAAAUACAUAUAAAAGUGAUUUAAAG